AGAGUGAGAGCAGCGAUCAACAUGCCCCCACGAAGGGGAUGUCGCUACGUCUACUAUGUAUCUACUAGUCCUACUAAUGACAACCAACUUUUUUACGACGAGCACCGGCCUUGUCGUCCGUGGUUCGACCGUCUGCAGGACGUUCGCCGGACUCGAGAGGAAGCAGAUCGACGUCUGUAGAAGACACCCAGAGCUGACGAUGGCAGCGGUGCAGGGCCUGGCGACGGCCGUCAAAGAGUGCCAGUUCCAGUUCCGUUGGCAUCGCUGGAACUGCUCUUCGCUUAUGACCAAAAACAAAAACCCACAUACCAGCUUCAUUUUAAAAAGAGGGUACCGCGAAUCGGGUUUCGCCCACGCGAUAACGUCGGCGGGGGUGGCUCAUUCCGUCGCACGGUCCUGCGCCCAAGGAAAGAUUCUGGAGUGCGGCUGCGAACCCCUUUCCAGGCACAGGAGUACAUCGAAAUCUUGGAAAUGGGGUGGAUGCUCCCACAACCUACAGUUCGGCAUCGACUUCUCAACAAAGUUCCUUGAUGUCCGGGAGAGCAAUAACGGCGACAUCCAGUCUCGGGUCAACCUCCACAACAACGAAGCAGGGAGACUUGCUGUCGCUAGAAAUAUGGAGAUCAGGUGCAAAUGCCACGGUGUGUCGGGGAGUUGCGAGCUCAAGACCUGCUGGAGGGCGGCUCCUGACUUCAGACGCGUAGGGGCGGCGCUCAAGGACAGAUUCCGGGAGGCGGUCAUGGUGGAAGAGAGCAACCAGGGCGGAUCCGAAUUCACCUUCCUGGAGAGAAGGCGUGGGAGGCGGCGACGUAAGAAGAAGAAACGAAAGAAGAAGAAAUCCCGCGCGAACGACUUAGCCGAGAGCAUACUGUUCUACGAGAAAUCGCCUAGCUUCUGCGAACUAGACACGAGGCUCGAGGUCCCGGGCACGACGGGCCGGAUAUGCAACCGCAACGGACGCGGCGUCGACGGUUGCGGCUCCUUAUGCUGCGGCCGUGGGUACAACAUCAUCAGAAGGCGAAAGACGGACAGAUGCAACUGUAAAUUCCACUGGUGUUGCUACGUAACCUGCAGAAACUGUACUUCGGACGAAUGGAUUACAGUCUGUAAAUAACUACUGAGCUCUGAGAACAAUUUUGCAAAAAGAUUCCUUUUUCUUUCUUUUCUAAAAGCCACUCGUAAUCAAAAGGACAAUAGAACAAGAAAAGAAAUAACUAGAUACUCUUUCGCAAAAUUAUAUCAAAAUGCUUAAGAUUUGUACAAUAAAUCUUUCUUUCUCAUUUAAUAAAUAUGAGAAAUUUAGGUAACUACAAAAAAUAAUCAUCAAAAAUAACGUUUGUGAGGUUUUUCCUAAGCUUUUUGGUGACCGUUUGGUCAUUUCCGAUCAUUUUGGUCUGCCUAUCUUCCAUGUUUUUGGCCUGUCAGUUCUUUUUGGCGUUUCUCCAUUUUCAAUUAUACAAAUUGUUUAUACAUUUGUAUAAAAUGAAUGUCAUUGGGAAAAUAUGUCGAUAAAAAAUUAUCUCUUAAAAUGGCGAUAUGGCAGACUAAAACAGUGAGGAUUGGCGGAACAAAAUGAUCGGAUUUCAAUUACAUCUCACAUUUCACCUGUUCCAGGUGUAUUUAAAGGUUGUAUAUGCUGGGAAACAGAAUUUUAUCUGAAUGAAAAAUUAUAGAAAAUGAUAAUUAGAAAACAAAAGUUUGUAGAGUUUUAUAUUUGUAAAACGUAAAAGUAUAAAAACAUUUCACUAAACUUGGCUUAGUGUUCUUAAUGAGGUUAAGAAUUUGCUUCAGUUUUUUAUUAAUUAAAUAACAUAUUUGUCGAUGUAAAUAUGACCUCAAGUGUAAAUUUGAUCACCUAUUUUUCAUAGGAAAAACAUGGUCAAUUUACAAACACUGAUCCGGUACAUCCCAUUCCAUUUUACCACUUUUCUAAUUAAAAAAAAAAGUCGUAAUGCAAUUAUUCCUGGCUUUUCGCUAGAACCUGUACAGUAUUAUAGUGUCUAAUCUAUUAUUAAGGAUUCGAUUGGAGAAAUAGUAACGUUCCUCUAUUUAUUUCUAGGCUAAGUCACUGUAUUCGGUCAAUACUCUUCUAUGUACAUGUGUAUAUCGACUCCUUUAAACUUUUUAAAUAUAAAUUUUGUAUAUUGUUAUUUAAAUAAUAAAAUAAUUGACAAUCAUGUAGGAAAAUGUCAUAAGGUAGGUGAAAAUGAAUUAAUAAACUUU